CGCGCCCGCACAUCUUCACGCGCUUUGGAGUCAGAAAGGAAGAAGAAGCAGAAAAAACCGUCAUAAUGCGAUUUUACUACAGUUUGACUUUAUCAACACUCAUCCUCAUAUACCUGUUAUCGGAUAAUGUACUCGGAGCUCCAACGAAAGGCAGGUACAUGUGGUUGAAGUGCAAACCAGACAGCAAAAAUGCAAACUGUGUGGAACAAAGGGGCCCACAGAUCGAUCUGCCUGCACAACAUCAUCGCCUUCCUGCUCAUAACGUAAAGGACAUUAAUUCUGUCGAGAGCAGUGAAGAGAGCUCUGAGGCUGAAGAGUCUGGAAAUGGCUCUGGUGACUUCUUCCCCUUCAACAUACCCGAUUUAAGCCGGAAAGAGCGUGAAAGUGGUCCAGGAGGGCCGGAACAGGAGAGCACAAAUGAGGUGGAAGGGAGCGGUUUUGAGGUUGAUUACUCCAACUAUAUAACCCCCGAGCUGGUGAAACCCUUGCUGUCUGCUGAAGAUCUGCGUGAGGAUAAUAUAAUCGAAUGAGCUGAAAAUCUGCCAUCGAAUAUCACUUAAGUCUUGCAUUGACUCUCAGGAUAAGAAGCCCUAAAGCCCCUAAAAUGCUGUAUUUUUUCUAUUUCUCUAUCUUUGAUAUGAGCACAUGUUCAUUUGUACUGGACUACUUUAUGGUAUGCGCUGCAUGUUGAGACAGAAAGUGUGAGUUCAGAUGAUCCAAUACAUUCCUUAAGUGUUAAUUCUUUUAUGCCCCGAAGAUAUUUUUAUGAGAGUAAAUGUAUCACUUUAAAUAAUAUAUUAUAUGAGAAUUUUUAUGUGCUUCCCUAUCUUAUGUUGUAUAAGACAUAUUGUGAGUAUAAACUGGAAUUUCAUUUUCUUAAAUAUAAAUGUUUUUACUAUAGUCUACCACUUUUUUUUUCUUUAUAUAAAUGCUAUUUGUCCUUGACAUUUAAGAGAAAACAAUCCUGUGCAAUUGCUCUAAGCUUUUUUCCUGGUAAUUUGUUAAUAUAUUUGUAAUGCAUUAUUAUUAUUAUUAUUAUUAUGAUUAUUAUUCACUUGUAAUCAGUAGCAGGUGCAUGAAAUUCAUCAGCACAGUUUUAGUAUUUACCUCUCAUGAGGUUUCAUUCCACUGCAUUUUAUUUUUCAAUUAAAAAGUCCAAGGAAA